AUGGGAAUAGUGUUAGAUAAGAGUCCUAAUGGAACUACCUACAUUGUAAUGUGUUUUCUGUGCCGUACAAUAGAAGGGAUUGGGUGUUCACUGUUCGUAACAGCCAGUUUUGCCAUCAUAGCUACCGUGUUCCCUGAUCAUGUUGCCACCGUUUUUGGUGUUUUAGAGACAUUCAGUGGACUUGGUCUUAUUGUUGGACCAGCUGUAGGUGGCGCCCUCUAUCAGUUGGGAGGAUUUGGGUUGCCAUUCUUCGUAGUUGGUUCUAUAGCAGUACUUAAUGGAGUACUUGGCUAUUUUCUACUUGGGCAUAUUGAUGAUUCUCCAAGACCCAAGACAAAAUCUAUCCUUCAUCUUCUGAAAAAUCCAUAUACAUGGGUCAUUGCUUUAACUAUAUCAGCUGGAAGUUUUUCUUUAGGAUUUCUUGAUCCUACUUUAGCGCUUCAUGUUGAAAAGCUACCUGAGUUGAAUGGUAAAACAGCAUUGAUUGGACUGAUGUUCCUUAUAUCUGGUGGUGUGUAUUCUUUUACUGCUCCUCUCUGGGGUUAUCUCACUGAUAAAAAGGGCAUUGUGAAGACCAUGAUUGUAUUGGGAGGUUUGGUUGGGGCAGUUGGCUAUUUAUUAAUGGGACCUACUCCUUUGAUAGAACAGUUACCUUUUGAAUUGUGGUCUAUCAUUUUAUCACUGGCAUUAAUGGGGCUGGGUAUAGGAUGUGCCAUCAUUCCUACAUUCAGAGGCUUGAUAGACUCGGCAAAGGAACUUGGAAUGGAGGAAAAUAUGGACACUCAUGGUAUGGUCUCUGGACUUUUUAAUUCCUGCUUUUCCUUAGGGGCAUUUAUGGGGCCCACUGUAGGGGGAGUUUUGGUGGAAGAAUUUGGUUUUGAUUGGUCAGCAACAGGUUGUGCAGGAUUGAUUACCCUCUCUGUAUUUGUAACAACAAUAUAUGGUCUUUUAAGAUCAAGAUCUGAGAAGAAACCUCAUCUCAGACAACGUUAUGAAAAGAUUUUAAAUAAACCUGUCACAAGUAAUGUAUGAUAACUGCCUAAUGUAUUCUUUUUUCCUUGAAUAUUCUUUUUAUAAAACCAAAGUUUACAUUUUUUUUUACUCUAUGAUAUUAUUUUCACACACACAAACAUAUUUAGUAACUCAUUGGUUUUCUUGCUUUUGAAGUAGGAAUCAUGUUCUUAUUCAGUGUAUUGUCAUACAAACAAAUUUUGUGUUUAGACUUAGUAGAGUACACUCAGGUUCAUUAUAUUUGUGCAGAUCUGAUGUUUCUGUAUAUAACAGCAAAUCUUCAAUAGAUUAUUUUUCAUUUGACCCAAAGUUACUUAAAAUCUAAGAAACACCAUGUUUUUAAAGAUCUUGUUAUUACUGAAUCUUAAAAGUUUCGCUGAUAAUUAUCUAGUUUUCAUAUUGAGAACUUUUUUUCUGAGAAGUUAAUUAAUACAUUUCCUUGUCCAAAUGAAUAUAGAUACAUGUAUGAUGAAAUAUAUUCAGAUAAUGUUACUCUCAUAGUCAUUUUGAGGCAUUCAUUUAUGAUCAAUAAUGUUAAGUACCUUAUAUAUAUAUAUAUAAUAUAGUAUAAUGAUACUCAACAUUUACACGUUAUGUUUGAGGCCCUGCCACUUAUGUACUAAUUUUUUUCUUAUAAAGAUAUAUUUUAAAAAGAUAUUUCUUUAUUUUGUUAUUAAUUUCUUUCUCUCAAUGUAAUAAUUGUAUCAUUUUUUUUUAUAAUUUUUAUCAUUUUCAAACCUUUGACAGUUUUUGGACUGGUGAUCAGGUUUGUGAAGAAUUGUAAGACAAAGUGCAUUGUAUAUUUUAAAGUGUGUUAUUUAAACACAUGAAAGUGUUUCAACAUUACAUUAAAUAACUUCCUUUUUGAGUUUACUGGCUUCCUUAACUUUUGCAUUUAAAUAGGAACAGCAAUUUUUGUAGUUUACCGGUAUGUGAUAUUUUAUUUUCACACAAAUGAAUUUUCAUCUCAGAAUCCAAUGUGUUCACAAACUGUGCCAUUUAAUGCAGUGAAUUUUGCAAAGUUGAGAUUUUACAAUUGUGAUUUUUUUUGUACAUUCUAUCUAUUUUUUUUAAACAAUAAACUGUUACUCAGUAACAAAGAAAUAU